AUUCAAAAUUUAUUGUUAUAUGGUCAUGUCUAAGAUUCUUCUUUCUCGUAUCAAACCACUUCACAACCCCAAAACCUGUUCUUCUCCAUCAUACCUGAAGAAACUCGUGGAUGAAACCAUCCAUAUCCUCAAUACCCACGACCAGUGGGAACAAUCCCUUCAAACCCAGUUCGCCGAAUCCGAAAUUGCCGACGUUGCCCAUUUUGUUUUGGACCGAUUAUACGAUGUAGAGUUGGGUUUGAAGUUUUUUGAUUGGGCUAAGAAAAGACCCCAUUGUUGUUUCUCAAAUGGGUUUGCUCAUUCUUCCCUUUUGAAGCUUUUGGCCAAGUUCAGAGUAUUUUCCGAGAUUGAAGAAGUAAUGGGUCAAAUGAAAAUGGAAGAAAUAAAACCAACUCGUGAUGCUUUGAGUGUUUUAUUACGCACUUAUGUAGAAUCUGGGUUUGUUGAUAAAGCCAUUGAAUUGUAUUAUAUAGCUGUUAAAGUUCACGAUUGUAUUCCUAGUGUUUUUGCUUGUAAUUUAUUGCUUAAUGUGCUCUUAAAACUUGGUAAAGUUGAUAUUGCACAGAAGGUGUAUGAAGAAAUGGCUAAGAGAGGUGAUAGAGAAUCUCUUUCAUUGGAUAACUACAGCACUGCUAUUAUGGUUAAGGGUUUUUGUAAAGAAGGGAAAGUUGAGGAAGGAAGAAGAUUAAUGGAGGAUAGAUGGGGAAAGGGUUGUGUUCCAAAUAUAGUGUUUUAUAAUACACUUAUUAAUGGCUAUUGCAGAAAGGGGGAUACAGAGAGUGCUAAUGUACUUUUCAAGGAGUUGAAAUUGAAGGGAUUUCUUCCUACGGUGGAAACUUAUGGAGCUAUCAUAAAUGGGUUUUGUAAAGAAGGCAACUUUAUGAAAAUUGAUCAUCUUUUGAUGGAGAUGAAGGAAAGAGGUUUGAAUAUUAAUGUCCAAAUAUAUAAUAAUGUUAUAAACGCUAGAUAUAUGCAUGGUUUGGUGGUGAAGAUUGAGGAGACUCUGAAGACAAUGAUUGAGAGUGGAUGUGAGCCUGAUAUUACUACCUACAAUAUUCUUAUUACUGAAUCAUGCAGAGAAGGAAAGAUUCAGAAAGCUAAACAACAAUUAGAGGAGGCAAUAAAGAGAGGUUUGGUACCAAGUAAAUUUACUUAUACUCCUCUUCUACAUGUCUAUUUUAAACAAGGAGAAUACUCUAUGGCUUUGGAAUUGUUAGUUGAGAUGACAAGAAAAGGAUGUACACCUGAUUUGAUCUCUUAUGGAGCUCUCAUCCAUGGACUUGUUGUUGUAGGACAAGUUUCUACUGCAUUGACUGUUAGAGAGAAAAUGAUGGAUAAAGGUCUACAGCCUGAUUCUGCUAUUUAUAAUGUUUUGAUGAAUGGGCUUUGCAAGGAAGGGAGGUUUCCUGCUGCCAAGCUGUUACUUGCUGAGAUGCUUGAUCAAAAUAUACAACCCGAUGCGUUUGUUUUGGCUACUUUAAUGGAUGGUUUCAUUAGAAAUGGCAGCCUUAAUGAUGCAAUAAAACUCUUUGAUCUUGCAAUUGAAAAGGGUAUAGAACCUGGUGUUGUGGGGUACAAUGCUAUGAUUAAGGGUUAUUGUAAAGCUGGUCUGAUGACGGAUGCGCUAUUGUGUGUAAAUAAAAUGAGAAAGGAAGGCCUAUUUCCUGAUGAAUAUUCUUAUUCCACAAUCAUUGAUGGCUUUGUGAAACAGCAUGACUUGGAUGGUGCAUUAAAGAUUUUUGGGCUGAUGUUAAAAUGGAAAUGCAAGCUGAAUGUUGUCACAUACACCUCCUUAAUUAAUGGGUUCUGUAAGAAAGGAUUUUCCAGCAAAGCCAUAAAAACUUUCAAGGAAAUGAAAUCUUGUGGUCUGGAGCCUAAUGUGAUCACAUACAGUAUACUUAUUGGUAACUUCUGUAAGGAGAGUAAGCUUGCAGAAGCAGCCUUCUAUUUUGAACUGAUGCUGAAGAACAAGUGUAAUCCGAAUGAUGUUACUUUUCAUUAUCUGGUAAAUGGUUUUACAAACUGUGGACUAGCUGAAUUUUCGAAGAGAAAAGAGGAAUCUGAACAGAGGCAUAAAUCAAUGUUUCUUGAUUUUUUCGAAACAAUGAUUUCAGAUGGAUUGGAUCGAAAUUUUGCUGCAUAUAACUCUAUUUUGGUUUGCCUUUGCCUACAUGACAUGGUUAGAACUGCUUUACAGCUUCUUGACAAGAUGAAAAGCAAGAGCUUCUUUAUGGAUUCUGUAUCUUUUUCCUCCUUGCUCUAUGGAAUUUGCAAGGAAGAAAGAUCACGUGAAUGGAGGAAUUUGAUCCCGUGUACUCUCAAUGAGCGGGAACUUGAAGGCGCUGUUAGGUACUUACUUAAGAUGGAUCAAUACCUGCCAAAAGGAGCAACUUCUAAGGCUAUGAAAAUAUUGCAGUCUUUGGUUGAAGACUCCAAAUCCUAUGAUCAAGUGGAAGAUCACAGAAUCUCAAUAAGAUAGAAAAAUAGACUUAAAAAGGAAGGUCUCUCUCUACAACUAGGAAAUCUGUAUCUUAAUAAAAGUUGAUUCAAUUUCAAGUUAACAUAAAUUGUAUAUACAUUUUGAUAUAUGGACCUUUCCAUUACAGAAAAA